GCAGGCGUUGUACACGGACGUCUUUUACAGAGACACGAGACCGGACUAGAAUAUACUGCAGAUGACUUCAUGAACAGCCUACAGUUUUUAUUCUCAUCAAAUUAACACCAAUCCGGUUCUGCCAUGGCAGAUGGUGUGGAUCUUGGCAAAAAGUUUGUUUCAGAAUCUGAACUAGAAGAGAACAGAAAGAAGAGGCAGGAAGAAUGGGAGAAGGUCCGCAAACCAGAUGACCCAGAGGAGGUCCCGGAGGAAGAAUACGACCCCCGAUCUCUGUACGAGAGGCUACAAGAGCAGAAAGACAAGAAACAGGAAGAAUAUGAGGAGCAGUUCAAAUUUAAAAACAUGGUUAAAGGUCUGGAAGAAGAUGAGACCAGCUUUCUCGAUGAGGUGUCGCGGCAGCAGUGUCUCAUAGAGAAGCGCAGGCGGGAUGAGGACGCUCAGGAGAUAAAGGAAUACAGGAGCGCUCUGCAGAAGCUGGCGAGCGGUGAGGGCCACAAGAAGGAACCAGAGAAAAAAGCAGGACCCAAGCCAUCAGAACACAGGACCAGUCACCUAUCUCAGGCCCACCUGCUGGCUGGAGCAGUCAAACGGCGCAGUUCAUCUCAGUCCUCAGAGGGGAGUAAAAAGCUGAAAGCAGAGGAGACUGUAGCUGGCAAUGGCAGUCAGACAGAGCAGGAGGCGGUUGAUCCCAAAUCCCCCGGCACAGACAUAACCCGCUCGGGAGUUCUCCACCUGCCUUCUGCCGCUGUAUGCGUGGGCAUCCUCCCGGGUCUCGGCGCUUACUCGGGCAGCAGCGACUCUGAAUCCAGCAGCGAUAGCGAAGGUAGCGUGGACGAGAUUGGCUCUACCACAAAGCGCAACAGGCUCUUCAGAUAGACACACUGACAGAGCAAAUUCACAAACAAUCACUUUCUCUCAACACCUGUGAUGCCCAAGGCUCGGGUUCUGCCCGCUUGCCUCCUCAGAGGUGUAGGGCACAAUUUAUUACCUUAUUUAUUUAGCUCUUUAACUACGUAUCUCUUAUGUUCUGAUACUGUGUUUAAAUUUUGAAAAGUCUGUUUGGUUAUAUGCUUGAUGUUUAUUAAAGGUUCUGUAGAGUUAACUUCUAUUGUGGUUGUUGAUGUUUCGUGCUCUCAAAACAUGACACUUUCCCCCAUCCUCCUCAUAUUAUUA